UCCGCCUCCGCCAAGAAUCGGAAGUCACUGUCUCCCGGGUGAGCGAGGCAGUCGCUACGAGGAUCGGCGAGUGCAGGUUUGCCCUCCUGCAGACAUGGGGCGUAGAAAGUCAAAACGGAAGCCACCCCCCAAGAAGAAGAUGACAGGCACCCUAGAGACCCAGUUCACCUGCCCCUUCUGCAACCACGAGAAGUCUUGUGAUGUGAAAAUGGAUCGGGCCCGCAACACUGGUGUCAUCUCCUGUACCGUGUGCCUAGAGGAAUUCCAGACGCCCAUCACUUCUCAGAUCUAUCAGAACCAGUGGAUGUAUACAGCGAUUGGAUAGAUGCCUGUGAGGCAGCCAAUCAGUAGCAACGCAGAAGACCCACCCCCCUUGGCAGCCCCGCCUGCUGGGUACCAAUCCAGAGACAUUCCAGGGUUGGGGUGUGGGUCCAGGGCCUUUGCAGCCCUUUGUGUGUGUGGAAUGGGUGUGGGUGUGAGUGUGAUUGUGUAUGGCUGCAGGUGUGGCUGUGGGGGUGUCCUCGCGGGCACGGGGUGGAGUUGAAGGGUUGCUGGGCCCCAAGGGCCUGAACUGCCUCUCUCAGCUCUCAAAGCCUUUGACUUGCUCCCUCUUCUGGCCCCUGGCUCCUCUGGGGCCCUGGUCAGGACAUCCCAGGCAAGGGCAGGCCCAGCUGAGGCUGCCUCAGGACUCUCCAGCCUCCUCACCCAUGUCACCAGCACUUGUCCGUGUGAACUGGACUGCCCACCCUCCUUCCCUGCCCUCCAAGGCCUUGGGCCUGCGGUUCCAGCCACAGUCCCAGGGGCCCCCUAGCAGGGUGGCCUGAUUUCAUGUUUGGUUGCUGUUGUAGAGGAGGGAGGGGCUGGGUUGGAGACAGCUGUCAGUCACAAGCCCUUAAAUAAAGCAGCCGAUGCAAAA